AUGCCUGCAUCUGACAAGGCCACACCCAAUUCGUCGGUUAUGAUCCACAACAUGUUGGCAUCCGCAGAAUGCUGUGCGGAACUCAACGUUGUGCCUCAAGCCAACCAGGAGAAACAUCCCGCUGGUAACAGCUCCCCUCCGUCUGGUCUUUCCACGCCGAAAAAGGAGCUCGUUUGGGUCGAUUCCAAGGAGCGCCUCAGCGAGAUGGCAACCAGUAUUCGGGGCAUCUCGAAUGCCCUGAGCAAUAUCAACAUUUCCUUGAAAGUAAAGGCCGUGGCAAUCAUCACAAAGCUUAGUGACAGAGAAUUGCGACCAAAGCUGCGCCAGCUCGUCGAGUAUUUACUGACCACCGCCGCACAUCCCCGGGAUGCUGCUACAGUCGUCGUCUACGUGCAGGACUUUUUCAAGGAUAUCAAAGAAUUCGGAUACGAGGAUAUCAUUGCCAAGACACCGCAAGCCCAGUCGCACCUGAAAUUCUGGACCCCGGAUUUGCUGCAAAAGCAGGCUGAUAUGAUCGACCUGGUCAUUACCCUCGGUGGUGAUGGUACGGUGCUUUAUACUUCGUGGAUCUUCCAAUCAAUCGUCCCGCCUGUUUUGUCUUUUGGUCUGGGUUCGCUUGGGUUUAUGACAGAAAACGUAUUUGAAAACUUCAAAGAAGUCAUCGACGAGCGUAUCCAGAGCGGAAUUUCUUGUGCGCUCCGUAUGCGUUUCCACUGCAUGAUCUGGCGUUCCAUAGACAAGGCUGCUGGCGAACACAGCAUGUAUGCCUUGCGCAAAGCAAUUGAGUCCAGUGCCGAGCUCAAAGAAUUCCCCGGCUACGAGCUAGAGGAGGAGCACGUUAUCCUGAACGACGUGGUUAUUGAUCGUGGCCCUAAUCCUACCGUGGGUGUAACCGAACUUUACGGAAAUCACGAGUUCUUGACCUCUAUCCAGGCUGAUGGUGUUGUCAUUUCCACUCCAACAGGAUCCACUGCGUACUCCAUGUCUGCGGGUGGAUCACUGGUGCACCCCGAUGUCCCCGCUAUUCUAGUUACCCCAGUCUGCCCCCACUCCCUGUCGUUCCGUCCCCUUGUUCUCCCCGACUCUAUGCUUCUCCACCUCGGUGUGCCUUACGAUGCUCGCUCUAGCUCGUAUGUCUCAUUCGACGGUAAGGAACGGGUCGAAUUGGGGCUUGGUGACUGCCUGACAAUUACCGCUUCAUCUUUCCCUUUCCCCAAGGUUAUGGCCCCGAACGCCUCAACAGCCGCAUGGGUGCAGCGACUUGGAAACUCCUUACACUGGAAUGAACUUCGCCGCGCUAAAGCAUUUACCUAG